AGAAAGUAUAAAUACCCCCGAUGUGUCCGGACUGCAGCGGUGCUGGUGAGUGGUACAACAAGACUUAGCCUGGUUAGGGAAUUAGAAACGACAACUCAGACAGACUGAAAUUAAAUACCAGACAUACUUUGACCAAGACUGAUUUUACAGCACUGGGAAAUCACUUUUAAUUUGAAAAGAUCUCUGAUUUCAGAAGAUACUCUUUCGAUUGGAGAAGACGCGGCGCUUACCAGAGAUAAAGGACAUACAUUUUAAUAAAUUCUUUAUUUUUUCCGCUCUUGAGUGCAAUUUCCAUUGCAGAAGAUGUGUUCGACUGUGUGUUUGAUCUUUUUACUCCUGUGCGUAAUGAACGCGGCUCUUUCCACUCCAUUUGAAUCAGAGGAUAUUGUACCUGUUCGGAUAAACGGCAGAAUCAGCGGCCGUUUUUGGAAAAGAAGCGAGGAGCUGCCAAGAUUUAUCCUCAGUGCAUUUGGCAAGGACAUGACUCUAAAUCUCAUCCCAGAUACAAGCUUUAUCUCGCCCUCCUUCACCAUACAGCGCAUCAAAGCCAGAGAUGUUGGCGCUUUACGCGGCGCUUCAGAUGCCCAACGUGUAGAAUUUCAGAAUUUCAGGAACCAGACAGAGGAGAGUGAAGGGCAGCUUAGGAGCUGCUUUUACUCGGGGAACGUAGAUCAAGAUCAACACUCGGUUGUGUCGGUCAGCUUGUGCUCCGGCAUCUUUGGCUCCUUCAUAACGGAGGGGAAAGAAUACUUAAUUGAGCCCAAACUUCGUGGCGGUCUGGGGCCAGACUCUGCAGAGCAGCUGCAUGUCAUCAAAAGGAGGACAUUCACCAAAAGCCACGGUGUUCCCCUACUGUUUGAUCACGCUGCGGCGGAGAGCCGAGCGGAGAAGCACAAUGAGGAAAGUUUUACGCACGGCGACAGUGACGCACGGAGGGAACCUCGCCGGAGACGCUUUGUUUCCGCACCACGGUUCAUAGAGACCCUGGUGGUAGCAGACUCAACAAUGACCCACUUCUAUGGAGAUGAAAUAAAGCACUACAUUCUGACCCUGAUGUCGAUGGUCGCCCAGCUUUACAAGCACCCCAGCAUAAAGAACUCAGUGAACAUGGUGUUGGUGAAGAUGUUAGUGGUGGAGGAUGAGGAGGUCGGCCCUGAGGUCUCCAGCAAUGGAGGCGUGGCACUGAGAAACUUCUGCUCCUGGCAGCAGCUCUUCAACCCACCAAGCCAGAGGCAUCCAGAGCACUAUGACACUGCCAUGCUCUUUACCAGAGAGGACAUCUGCGGUCAGAAGAGCUGCGACACGUUGGGUGUGGCUGAUGUUGGGACGAUGUGCGAUCCCAAAAGAAGCUGCUCAGUAAUUGAGGAUAACGGCCUGCAAGCUGCCUUCACAGCUGCACACGAGCUCGGCCAUGUGUUGAGUAUGCCUCAUGACGACUCCAAAGACUGUGAGAGGCGGUCUGGAGAUCUAGGAGGACAUUACCUGAUGGCUCCUCUGUUUGUCGGCCUCAACAAGACUGCACCUUGGUCUCCCUGCAGCGCUAUCUACAUCACAGAGUUCUUUGACAAUGGACACGGGGACUGCCUGCUGGAUGUCCCUGAGAGUACCAUGCCGUUACCAAGUGAGCUGCCAGGCACCAAGUACAGCCUGGACCAGCAGUGCCAGCAGAUUUUUGGAGAGGAGUUUGUCCACUGCCCCAACACCUCAGACAGUGAUAUUUGCAGCCAGCUGUGGUGUCAGGAGGACGGGACGCCUCAGUGCUCCACCAAGAAUGGCAGCCUGCCCUGGGCUGACGGCACCCCCUGUAGCCUCAAUGGGACCUGCCUCCAUGGAGCUUGCAUGCCGACCCAGGAGGUGAUGCAACCGCUGGUGGUUGUGGAUGGCGGCUGGAGCUCGUGGGGACCGUGGCAGCAGUGCUCCAGAACAUGCGGAGGUGGGGUGGAAUUCUCCUAUAGGGAGUGCACUGACCCUGUGCCACAGAACGGAGGGAAGUACUGUGAGGGACAGAGGGUUCAGUACCAGUCUUGCAACACGCAGCCCUGUGACAACAAUGAAGGAAAGAGCUUCAGAGAGGAGCAGUGUGAGAAAUACAACAGCCCCAACUACCUGGACUACAACGGGAACAUGAAACAGUGGAUACCGAAGUACGCCGGUGUUUCUCCCAGAGACAGAUGUAAGCUGUUCUGCAGGGCCAGGGGCAGCAGUGAAUUCAAGGUGUUUGAAUCCAAGGUGAUUGACGGGACAACCUGUGGCCCUGACACCACAUCUGUCUGUGUCCGAGGCCAGUGUGUAAAGGCAGGCUGCGACCAGGUCAUUGGAUCCAACAAGAGAGUGGAUAAGUGUGGAGUGUGUGGAGGAAGUGGGCUCACCUGUAGAAAGAUCACAGGCUCCUACAACAAAGCAACCUAUGGAUACAGUGACAUUGUUACAAUUCCUGCUGACGCUACUAACAUUGACAUCAAACAGCGGAGCCACAGAGGAAUCAAACAUGAUGGGAACUACCUGGCUAUAAAGAGAGAGAGUGGUGGUUACAUCCUCAACGGGAACUUCUCUGUAUCCACGGUGGAGCAGGACAUCCCGGUGUUGGGUGCUGUGCUAAAGUACAGCGGCUCCUCCACCACGCUGGAGAGAGUCCAGAGCUUUAGGCAGCUGAAGGAGGCCAUCACCAUCCAACUCCUCGCCACAGCUGGGGACGCCAACCCUCCCAAGGUCAAAUAUACCUUUUUCAUCCCUAGAGAUGUGACCUUCAACAAAUCCAAGGAAAAGAAGGGUUCUUCAUCGUCUUUGCAUAUUAUCCAUCCAUUUGGCGUGACUGACUGGGUACUGGGGGAGUGGUCUGAGUGCUCCAAGAGCUGUGGCUCCGGAUGGUCCAGGAGGAACGUUGAAUGCCGAGACAGCGCAGGCUUCCUCUCCAGCCAGUGCGACAAAGACCUGAAGCCAGUAGACAUCAGGCCUUGUGGGGAUCUGCCAUGCCCCAUAUGGCAGAUGGGACCAUGGUCCGCCUGCUCACGAACUUGUGGUCAGGGGGAGCGCCGUCGCAGCAUCUUCUGCAUAGACUACACUGGGAAGACUGUUGAGCCAGAGAAGUGCAAUCCAAGUAAAAUCCCAGAGCCAGUCUCCGGAGAAUGUCUCAACCAAGACUGCUUAUGAGGAACAUGAGUACAGCGAACUUUCCCUUUAUGGUCUGACUGCACUUACCAACCAUGGAUGGAUUACUGAAUGGGCACAGGGACACAGAAGCCCAAGGGGUUUGGGGGAAGAGACACAAAAUGACCACAAAAAGACACAAAGCAACAACAAAGAGACAUAAAACCAUCACAAAAAUUAGUGUUAAAAAAGACACACAAAACAACCACAAAGAGACACAAAUGACUACAAAGAGAAACAAAAUGACCACAAAGAGACAUAACAUGACUACAAAGAAAUGCUAAAUUUCCACAAAGAGACAUAAGAUGACUUCAGAGACACAACAAAAAAGAAACUCAAAACGACCACAAUCAGACACAAAAUGACUGUAAAGUAAAGUAAGUGGAAAGACAACUACAAACAUCUCAAAGUCGUUUUGUGUCUCUGGGCUCAAAAUGUGGUUCAACUGCGUCUGUGCCCCGGAGCCCAUUGUCUCAUAAUCCAUCUAUGUUACCAGCUGGUUGCAUCAAGUCCCAUUAAGGGCAUUUGCCUGAAUAUUGUUUUGUCAUCUUUUGUUGACAUUUGACAACCACUAUUGAGAAUUGAAACAAUGGAAAUCUACCUCAGGAUGUACAUGUGAUGCCAUGUAUAGAUGCUAGAUGAAGGUGCUGUGUGUGUUUUCUCCUGAAAGAGAAGUUUUCUAGUCCCACUUUGAAUUGAAACUAACUUUUUGACUGAAGUCUAAUAUAAUCUAUUUCAGUAUGUCUUUUUUAGUUAGCUGUCACUUAAAUUGGGGCUAGAGCAAUGGCAUGAAACCUGCUGUCAAACACCAGCACAGUGUAAAUAUACCUCCAGUUGUCUUCCACAGAACUCAAACCCCUACAAAGUUUUGAUCGAGCCAUUUACCUAUUAUUGGUGUAGGUAUAUACGAUUGAUGCAUUGGGAUUUUAAGUCUCUGGGAAAUGCGCUCCUGUUUGAUUGCUUCUCUUUUCUACACACAUACAAAAAUGUGACUUGUGUUGUGAUGAUGUCACGUUUUUAUCCUGAAACAUAGCAUGGUUGAACUAUGGGGAAACCAUUGAGUGACUUUAAAUCUGAUAUUAACUUGUACUAGUUAGAGCCUACAUCAGAACAGAUUGUUUCAAUGCCAAACUAGAUGCGUAGAAUUGGUAGAAAUCUGAGUUUACACGGUAUGUAAAAAGAAUUAGCCUAGAUAAUGACUGGCCAGUCAUGACCGAAAAAACACAUGACAGAGACUUUCCCUCUGCCCUGUAGUUUAGUUUUAUCCUUUUCCCAGGUGCAUUAUAAAGCCGUUGAGAGGAACAGUGGUACAAACAAUCUGCAAUGCAACAAAUGUUUCCUCGGAGGUGUUAUUACUAAGUUAAGUGAUAAGCAUACUAUCUAUCAUGUAUAUGAAAAAUAACAUUAAUUUUAUUCAUUUCCAGACUUUUAUUUGUUAAUGCAUCAUAUGCAAACACUCACAGUUGUUUUCAUUUUUUUUGUAUGUAUAUUUGAUUUCUUCAUUCCUGUUGUUAAUUUACAGUAUGUUAUAAAACAAAAGAGAUGAAGCAUUAGGCCUAUAUCCCUUCAGUGAAGGACCAUACUAUUUUAUUAUAACAGCUUCCUUUUUAAGCUAUUUAUUUUUGUAAAGUUUUUACCUUGGACAUGUAAUUAACAUGGCAGAUGCUGCUGUCUUUGAGAUUUUUGUCUAUAAAAAUGGUCAAAUAAACACAUUUAUGUCAGUA